AAGGAUUGAGGGUGUAGUCACUCAUUACUCCUGAUCUCUAGCAUAUUUCUCUACAACUUUGUUGGGAGAAUAAUUUUCUUCAUAUAAUUGAGCUUCUAUUGUCCAGUUAUAAUGGAAAUAUCAAAUGUUAGUAUGAAGAACAAGGAGGAAGAAGUGGAGACAGAUGAGAGUACAGUUGAUAACAUUUUGGCAAAACUUGAAAAAGUUAAAGACCCGGUUGGUGAUGUCUAUCGCUAUCGUUACCAAGGAUUUUGGAUUCGAGAGUUUUCAAUAAAAGGUUUAAUAUCCCUUCAAACUCGAUUUGUGGCACGAAAUGAAGAUAUUUUAUUAGCUUCAUGUCCAAAAUCAGGUACUACUUGGUUAAAAUCUCUUGUUUUUACAAUUAUGAAACGUACUGAUUUUGAUUUCAAACCACGCACUAAUGAUAAUAACAAUAGCCCUUUGUUUACUACCAAUCCACACCAACUUAUCCCCUUGCUUGAAUUAUCAUUACCUAUCGAAAACAUGAAGCCAAGAAUUAUGAAUACACAUAUUCCUUACUCUUCAUUACCACCUUCCAUCAAGCACUCAGAUUGUAAAAUUGUAUACAUUUGUAGAAAUCCAUUGGAUGUAUUUGUUUCUCAUUGGCACUUUUCUCAUAAAUUUUUUGGGGAUAAAAUUGAACCACGCCAUUUAGAAGAGUCUUUCGAUAUGUUUUGUAAAGGAAUCCAUGCAUUUGGACCAUUUUGGGACCAUGUUUUGGGGUUUUGGAAUGCAAGCUUAGAGAUGCCUCACAAGAUAUUAUUUUUGAAAUAUGAAGACCUUAAAAGAGACAAUGUGUUUUUCAUUAAAAAGAUAGCAGAGUUUUUGGGAUUUCCAUUUUCAGUUGAGGAAGAAAACCAAGGUGUUCCGAAAGAAAUAGAACGAUUAUGUAGCUUGGAGCAUUUGAAAAGUUUAAGUGUCAAUAAGACCGGUAAAUAUUCUAUUGGGUUAUUCGAGCUGUCCAAUAGUUCAUUCUUUAGGAAAGGUGAGAUGGGAGACUGGAUGAACUAUUUAACACCUCAAAUGGCAGAGCGUGGAAAAAAACUCAUCCAAGAAAAAUUUGGACAAUCUGGUUUAAUGUUUAAUUUCUAGCUAGCUUUGAUUUUAUUUUUUUGUUUAUAUUUUUGUCCAUUGUCUUAGGGCAAAAAGGAACUUGUUAUUGCUAUAUAUCUUUGUAUGAAGUGAUGAUGUUUGUGGUAUAAAUACUAAAUAGUGUUAAUUGUUAUACGUAUGUAUCAAUUCAAAUAUUUUAACGGCAAUAAUACAUGUAGUUGCAGUCGUUAGUAGUUUUUGUUAA